CUCUCUCUCUCUCUCUCUCUCUGCAUUUCUCUUCCCUAGGACUAGGAUCAGCACUAGUGCUGCCGCGUUCCGAGAUGGGUUCCACGAACAACUGGCUGGGCUUCGCCUCGUUCUCCGGCGCCGCCGCAGCCGACGAUAUCCUGCCCCCGCUGCCGCCGCCCCGAGGCGAUGAGGCGGACGCUGAGCCGAAGCUCGAGGACUUCCUCGGCCUGCAGGGGCCGGCCGCAGCAGUGGCCGGACGGCCGUUCGCGGGGAGCGGCGGCGGCGCGAGCUCCAUCGGGCUGUCCAUGAUCAAGAACUGGCUGCGCAGCCAGCCGGCGCCGGGACCUACGGGGGCAGAUUCGAUGGCUCUGGCGGCGGUGGAAGCGGCGUCGACGGACGGGAGCGGGAAGGUGGCCGACGGCGCGGUGAGCGACGCCGCCGUGGUGGACGCGGCGCAGCAGAGGAAGGCGGCGGCGGCGGUGGACACGUUCGGGCAGCGGACCUCCAUAUACCGCGGCGUCACGAAGCAUAGAUGGACAGGAAGGUAUGAAGCCCAUCUUUGGGACAACAGCUGCAGAAGAGAAGGUCAAACUCGCAAGGGCAGACAAGUGUAUCUUGGUGGAUAUGAUAAAGAAGAGAAAGCAGCCAGGGCUUAUGAUCUAGCUGCUCUCAAGUACUGGGGCACUACAACGACUACAAAUUUUCCGAUGAGCAACUACGAGAAUGAGUUAGAAGAGAUGAAGCAUAUGUCACGACAAGAAUAUGUUGCAUCCCUUAGAAGGAAAAGCAGCGGAUUUUCUCGUGGUGCGUCGAUUUACCGAGGGGUUACAAGGCACCAUCAGCAUGGAAGGUGGCAAGCAAGAAUAGGAAGGGUGGCAGGAAACAAGGAUCUGUAUUUGGGCACAUUCAGUACCCAGGAGGAAGCAGCAGAGGCUUACGACAUUGCCGCGAUCAAAUUCCGAGGCCUUAAUGCGGUUACAAACUUUGACAUGAGCCGGUAUAACGUCAAGAGCAUCAUGGAGAGCAGCGCCCUACCAGUUGGUGGCACCACAAAGCGUCUCAAGGAUGUGCCUGAUCAAUCAGAUAUGGGCAUGAACAGCAACGUUGCAGACUCUGCUGGCCAUAUGACUGCUACAAAGCUUCUUACUGAUGGCAUUGGCAGCUAUGGCCAUGAGAAUUAUGGUUACAGUGGCUGGUCGGCCUCUGCCAUGACGCCAAUCCCCCUGCAAUUCAGCAAUUGCCAUGACCACUCCAGGCUGUGGUGCAAGCCAGAGCAUGACAGUGCGGUUGUUGCGGCAGCACACAACCUGCACCACCUCCAGCACUUCCCUGACCCAGGUGGCACUCACAAUUUUUUCCAUCCAUCGCCUGGUCAGGACGUGACCGGUGUCACCAAUGUUUCAUCACCAUCAGUGGACUCUAAUUCAUUCUUGUACAGUGGAGAUGUUGGUUACCAUGGUGCCAUGGGUGGUGGUUAUGCCAUGCCUGUUGCCACACUAGUUGAUAGCAACCAUGCGGCCAGUGGCUAUGGAGUUGAGGAAGGCACAUCUGACUUAUAUAGUGGUCGGAAUUUGUAUUAUCUCUCCCAAGCUUCCCCAGGCACCAAUACUGGAAAGGCAGAUGCUUAUGAACAGCAAGGUGUUGGGUAUGAAAGCUGGGUUCCAUCUGUGCGGUGAUAUGGCAGAAGGACGCCAAUGUGACGGUUUGCCAUGGCACGCCUCUAUUCUCAGUUUGGAAGUGAUGAUGCUUAGAUGAAAACCUAGUUUUAGGCCAUCAUCAAGUAGUGAUAUUAACAGUUUCUGGGAGGGAAAGAUUAAAUUUUAGGUAUACAAAAGUCUAGCUUUUGACUUUUAAGUUCUCUUAUGAAACGAGUUUUUCUGCUUCAGCCACAAAUUAGCUCCUUUAGGAGUCUGGGAGCUAUGAGAAAUGUCAUUUUACGUUUAUCUUGGCUAAUAAUAAUGUUAACAUGCUAAUUCUUUGGUAA